CAAAGCAAUGGAGCGGAGUGGAGAAAAUGGCGAAGCGAGGAGGAAGAUAAGCAUUGAAUUCGGCAUGGCGGGUGACAAGUUUAAUCUAAUCGAUAUUCUAUCAGAGGAUGAUGAGUUUCUAUCUGCUUCGCCAUUUGCGGUGGAUUCUUUCAAAGGCUUUAGGUUAUCAGGGAUAGGGAGUCAUCAAGAACUAGAGCCAAAUGACCAAAAAGAAGAGAAUCUGUUACCUGUCGAAUUUACGAAGCCAUCAAGACCAAGUUUUUUGAGGAAAAGUUUAGCUUGGGACAGUGCAUUCUUCGACAAUGCCGGUGUUCUUGAUCCUGAUGAGUUAUCCUACAUUAACAAGGGAUUUAAAAAAGCUCCCGAUGCGCGCGAACAAAGGUCCGAGUCGAUCACAGCCACCGGCAGCAACAAGUCCUGUCGAGCGACGAAUCCACAACAUCGAUUGCAUCGCGCUCAAAGCUGUAAGAACAACAAUGGCUCCAGUUUCAGAAAACUCGGAAGAUCUUCGAGUAGCAUGGUGAAAUCCGAUCAAGCGACACCGGCCGCAAAAGUGUUAAUGUUCAUAACAAAGAGAAGAUGA